AUGAAGCUCACACGCAUCACGCUUGCGGCCCUCCGCCUCUCGUCAACCGCCGUCGCAACCAACAACAUUUUGACAGCAGACAAGUUCGAAGCCGACAUUAGAACCGAAGAACUCCAAAACGUGCUCUGGAACCUCAACAAGAUCGCCCGCGACAACGGAGGUAACCGCGCUUUCGGCGAGCCGGGGUUCAGAGCCUCGCUCGACUUUGUGCUCGAGCGCGCCCAGAAGCGCUUCGGCGACCGGUUCGACACGUUCGUCCAGCCCUUCAACCACACCUAUGACAAGACACUGCGGAUCAACGUGACGGGGCCGGCGGGCGAGGAUGUGUUCGUCAUCAGCCCCAUGUACAACCCUGCCACGCCGUUGCCUGGCGGGAUUACGGCGGGCUUGGUCGAUACACCGGUUGAUGAUGAGAGAGGGUCCGGGUGCUUUGCUGAGCAGUGGGAUGGGGUGGAUGCGACGGGGAAGUUGGCGCUGAUUAAGAGGGGGGUUUGCGCCGUCGCGGAUAAGUUGAAGUUGGCCAAGGAGCAUGGUGCCUUGGGGGUUAUAUUGUACAACCAGGAGCCCGGAACAAGCAUUGCCGUCCCGACACUCGGUGCAGAGACGAUCGGUCAAACCGUUCCCGUUGGAAUCAUCCCGCUCGAGGUGGGAGAAAACUGGAGAGCCCGCCUGGCAUCGAGGGCGGACGUGGUUGUUACACUGCUCGUUGACUCCAUAUCCGAGACGCGCGAGACGUGGAACAUCAUUUCCGAGACAAAACAAGGCGACCCCAACAAGGUCGUCAUGCUGGGCGCACACCUCGACAGCGUGCAAAAGGGCGCAGGCAUCAACGACGACGGCAGCGGCGUGGCUGCUCUGCUGGAGAUCAUGACCGCACUCAGGAGGUACGACGGCUUCCCGCACAAGAUCCGAUUCGCCUGGUGGGGAGCCGAGGAGAGCGGCCUGGUGGGCUCGCUGUACUACACGUCGCACCUCUCCGAGGCUGAGGCCGACAAGAUCAAGUACUAUUUCAAUUACGACAUGAUUGGCUCGCCCCAGCCUGAUUUCAGCAUUGCGAGCAACAACAACAGCGGCAUCGGGCCAGAGCUGUUUGAGGAAUAUCUUGUCUCGCAGGGCGUGCAAGUACGACAUGGCGGCUUCGACACCGGCUCCGACUACGUCGGCUUCGUCAACAUCGGCGUCCCUACCAUCGCGCUGCACACGGGCGCCGGAGCACCCUGGGACGCCUGCUAUCACCAAGCCUGCGACGAUCUGGACAACAUCCACUGGGAAGCUCUGACAGUCAAUGCCAAAGCCGCCGCUCGGGCCCUUGUGAGGAUGGCCCACUCGCUCGAGGGCGUACCGCCCCGCCAGAAGACAAGUCUCAACCUCCGCACUCGUCGUGGAGUCGCAGAGAGUUUUGCGAAGUGGGCGGCCAUGGCCGAGGAGGCUAGCCACGGGCACUCGUGCUCUCAUAAAGGCAAGAAGCUGCGGGUUUAA